AAGUGUUGGUUUCAGUGGGGAGGCCACGCCCCAUCACGUGAACGCAGGCCCAGCGGGGCGGGGUCUGCGUCUCCUGGCUGCCGUCAUUUCCGGUUCUCUGUCAGUCGCGAGCGAGCGAGCAGGAGAGUGUGCGACUGCUAGAGCCGAGCGGAGCGAUGCCUAAAUCAAAGGAACUUGUUUCUUCAAGCUCUUCUGGCAGUGAUUCUGACAGUGAGGUUGACAAAAAGUUAAAGAGGAAAAAGCAAGUUGCUCCAGAAAAACCUGUAAAGAAGCAAAAGACAGGUGAAACUUCGAGAGCUCUGUCAUCUUCUAAACAGAGCAGCAGCAGCAGAGAUGAUAACAUGUUUCAGAUUGGGAAAAUGAGGUAUGUUAGUGUUCGAGAUUUUAAAGGGAAAGUGCUAAUUGAUAUUAGAGAAUAUUGGAUGGAUCCAGAAGGUGAAAUGAAACCAGGAAGAAAAGGUAUUUCUUUAAAUCCAGAACAAUGGAGCCAGCUGAAGGAACAGAUUUCUGACAUUGAUGAUGCAGUAAGAAAACUGUAAAAUCCGAGCCAUAUAAAACCUGUACUGUUCUAGUUGUUUUAAUCUGUCUUUUUACAUUGGCUUUUGUUUUCUAAACGUCGUUCUCCAAGCUGUUGUAUGUUUGGAUUGCAGAAGAAUUUGUAAAAUGAAUACUUUUUUUAAUGUGCAUUAUUAAAAAUGUUGAGUGAAGCUAAUUGUCAGCUUUAUUAAGGAGGAUUGCUUUGUGUCCACCACCUAGUGUAAAAUAAAAUCAAGUAAUACAAUCUUAACUGUUGUGGCCUUUUUUGAUCAUAAGCGUUGGUACUUAACUGUUUAAGGCCAAAGGUAACAGUUUUUAUAGAUCUUUUAGUUUCUUCUCAGCUUUUACAAUAAAAAGGAUUUGUAUUGCAUUGAGUUGAUAAACUUGGUUUGUGCAAUCCAUAUUUGAUCUGUUCUCUUCCAAUCCACCCCAAUGAUUUUUUUCACUCUUUAUUUUGUUUACCUCAUUUUCCUUUAAUAACUUAUGUUCAGUUUUUACUUCACUCUUUAUUUUUUUUGAGUAUGUUAUGCUUAUUUGGAAAGUGAGUGAAACUGUCAAACUGUUGUCUCAAUAAUGUACUUAUAUGAGAACUACAAUCACCAAAUCUACUGUAUUCAAUAUUAGCAGAUCUAGUUUGAUAAGCAACAUGGCUUGUGUGAAAACUGAGCAGGUGUUUGUCGUUACCCAUAGUGUUCUGUGUAGUUAUUGCUUAGUCUGCAGAAAAUAAUGACUUAGAUGAGAUAUCUAACUUGCUUUCACUUAUUAAACAUGUUCAUGGGAUGAUGUCUGUAACAUCAGAUAUUGUUAAGACUAGGAUUUAAUAAAAGUUGUGCAAGCUUA